AUGGCUCAAUACAAUGCUAAAGUUUCCGAUCUUCCGAAUCCAUCGUCGGACACCAUUUCUGAGCUGGCAUUUAGUAGCAUGCAUGGACUGAUGGCGACAUCAAGUUGGGAUGGAACGGUUAGAACGUAUGAUUUGGACAAUCCUUAUAGUGGAAGCAAUAGAGUUUUGAACUUAAAUAAACCUCUGCUGACGUGCUGCUUUAGUAAAGAGAAUCCGUCACUGGUAUUUGCAGGGGCAGUGGAUGGGAGUCUGCAGAUGGUGGAUUUACAAAGCAAUCAAACAUCUUUUUUUCAGGCACAUAGUGCAGGAGUAAAGUCUGUAAGGUAUUUUUCAAACAUGAUAGUUACCGGAUCAUGGGACAAGACAGUUAAGUUUUGGGAUGUUAGAUCUUCUAAACUUGUGUUUUCUCUGGAUCUUUCUGGAAAAGUUUAUGCAAUGGAUCUUGAGAAGGAAUUGUUGGCGAUGUCUCUCUCAGGCAACGAAGUAGCGACAUACAACCUGAACGACAUCAACCAGAAGAAAAGCCAUGUUUCAAAGCUGAAUUGGAUGAUAAGAUCGAUAACAUGUGCGCAGGACAACGAAACAUUUGCACUUGGAGGGAUUGAGGGCAAGGCAGAAAUAUUCAACAUUAAUUCACCAGUAAAAAAGAUGAUUUUCAGAUGCCAUAGAGUUGACACCAAGGUUUAUGCAGUUAAUUCUGUUUCCUUUUUGCCAACCAAUCAGAACAUACUAGCAACGGCAGGAGGAGAUGGAACAAUUGUGUUUUUUGACUCUCAAGCCAGAAUGAAGAUUUUUACACAGAAUGAAAGCCAUCCAAUAACAUGUGGUAGAUUCAAUGCAACAGGAUCUUAUUAUGUGUAUGCCACUGGGAAUGACUGGUCCACGGGAUAUGCAACAACAUACAGGCCCACACAGUUGAAGGUUAUCCAGGUCAGCACUACAGGUGUAAAGAUAUGA